UUUCUUCUUGUGCAGGUUGUAAGAUUAGUCAGAGCCAUCCGCAAAGGGUGGAUUAAGUUUGACAAACCGAAAGAGGAGUCUCAAUUCCAUUUGUUGUGGACAGAUGAUUCUAAUGCAGCUGACAACAAAAGGCAUGGUGUUAAUUACAUAGCUGCACCCAAACCAAAACUGCCAGGUCAUGAAGAAUCAUACAACCCUUCUAUAGAAUAUGUUCCUACAGAAGAGGAGAAGAAUGCUUAUCAGCUGAUGUAUGAGGAGGACCGUCCUAAAUUUAUCCCAAGGAGGUUUGAAUCUCUUAGAAGUGUACCUGCUUAUGACAUGGCUGUUAAGGAAGUAUUCGAUCGGUGUUUAGACCUGUACUUAUGUCCCAGAUCUCGGAAGAAACGUCUUAAUAUUGAUCCUGAAUCUCUCAAGCCCAAGCUACCAAGCAGGAAAGAUUUGAGGCCCUAUCCCACAACAUGUUAUCUUGAAUAUAGAGGCCACACUGGUCCUGUCAAGUCGCUGUCUGUUGAAAUAUCAGGGCAGUGGCUGGCAUCUGGUUCAACUGAUGGAACUGUACGAGUUUGGGAGGUUGAAACUGGGCGUUGCCUUAAAGUCUGGGAUGUUGGUGAAUCUGUCCAGCAUGUUGCAUGGAACCCUUCACAGGAACGUCCUAUCCUUGCAGUAGCCCUGGGGCAUGACGUGCUUCUUUUGAACACGGGUUUGGGAGAUGCAGAAGUACAGAUGAGGAUUAAGGAACUCCUGCAUGUCGAGGAAUCAAAAUCAUCAGAAGAUACAGGGGAUCAUGGAUCUGCUGUGAGAUGGUUUCGACAUGACAAGUAUGAUGGCAUCAUAUUGAAGCAUUUUAAGUCUGUGUCAACAGUUGAAUGGCACUCCAAGGGAGACUAUUUUGCUACUGUUGUGCCAAGUGGUGAGUCGAGAUCAGUAUUGGUACACCAUCUCUCUGAGAAGCAAACAAAAAACCCCUUUCGGAAGUUGCAGGGGAUUCCAGUUUCAGUUGCUUUUCAUCAAAAAAAGAAGAUUUUCUUUGUUGCGACAAAGAAAUUUGUUCGUGUUUAUGAUCUUGAAAGUCAACGGAUGAUUAAAAAGCUUGAAACAGGUUGCCGCGAAGUCUCAUCCAUUUCUCUUCAUUCUACAGGUGAUCAUGUUAUUGUAGGGAGCAGGGAAGGUAAAAUGUGUUGGUUUGAUUUGGACUACUCAUCGAAGCCGUACAAAACUCUGAAGAUUCACCAGAAGGACAUUACAAGUGUUUCUUUUCAUCGAACAUACCCUCUUUUUGCCUCAUGUUCCGAUGACUGCACAGCUUACGUGUUUCAUGGGAUGGUUUAUUCGGAUCUUAACCAGGAUCCACUUAUUGUCCCAUUGGAAAUUCUUCAUGGCCAUACGCGUUCAGAUGGUAGAGGAGUAUUAUGUUGCAAAUUCCAUCCUCGACAGCCUUGGUUGUUCACUGCUGGUGCAGACUCCGUUAUCAAGCUUUACUGCGACUGAGAUGCGGCAGAAUGAUGCUGAGGGUUUUACUUUGUGAUUCGUCAUUGCGAAAAGAACGUAUACCUCGAGAAGAUUUCCCUUUCUAUAAUUUUUGAUCGGCCAGUCUUUCGUCCAACCGGAAGUUGCUGUAAAUUGUCAGUCUCAUCUUUCUAAAUUUUUUACUAAGAGAACAUGGCUGACCAUGUUUAGUAGUAAACAACUGCUUAGAUGGGCAUCAUUUGGUGCUGAAAUCAGCAUUUUAGCAUAUCUAGUAACGGCGAACGUCCUGUACCAGAAAUCUGAGAAAAGAGAAAAUUUUGCUGUAGAAUAUUUACAAGCAAGAACGCUUAUACAGGGUAUUUAGUGGGAAUGUUUUCAAAUUA